AUGGCAACGCCGCCGACCAAUAUUACUGAAGAUGAAGUUUUCGAUGAGUAUGUGAUUGAGGAUGAAAAUGAAAAUCAGGAUGAGGACGAGGAUGAGAAUGAGGGUGAGGGUGAGGAUGAGGAAUACAUUGAAAUUAUAAAGAAUUCAGUAGAGUUACCAUCAUCACAAUAUGAAUUGGAUUCAAUUUUAUCAAGCUGCCAAAAAACGACUAAUAUACGAGUAGUAGAUGAUGAACUCACAAAUUUAUUAAAAGAUUGGGGUCACCUGGAAGUUUUGGAUCAUUUCAAGAUUUCAGAAGAAGAUGCAGAGCAAACAUAUCGGGCAUUAAAAUAUGAUAACUUGUCAUGUGAGGAGUUUGAACGUAGCUGGAAGGCAUGUAUAAACCACAGACUCUUGGAAAUAAAAAACGCUUCUUCCACCUCUGAGAUUCUCAAUAAAUGGCCUCAGUAUAAGCUUCCAUCUGGCCAUCGCUUUGUUGAUAUAGACUAUAGUUAUUUGUAUCCAAAUGCCGGCUCAUUUUUGAACAAUUGGGAAACACUGGGGGAAAAACUUCUUAAAUUUCUCUCUACUGAUAACCGUGUCAAGGAAAAGAAUAUACGAGAGGUUCUAAUCAAAAUUAAAACAGCAGAUUCAUCUGAAAACUGUAAAGAUGCGGCAUUACUUUGGGCUCUGCAUGGAUACUUUGUACCUUUCCAAAAAGUUAUAAAAAAAGACAUAGAUGGUAGAAAACACGUUAUACGACAUACCAUCAAGGACUCGCAGAAUUCAUUCGUUUGGAUAGGCAACACAAUUCAAGCUAUAGAAGACCAUAUUGCCUUCCUCAACAAAAUGGGUGAGAAUAUCCAACCAUUCAUUAUUGUUCACGGUGUGUCAAUCUUGAAUUUUUCUGAAAUUUUUCUCUAUUUUGAUGGAGUUAAAUUUCCGUUUAACAGUUUCAUCCGAGCAGUGGAUAUCUGUUACAAAAUUUUUUAUUUAUUUAAUCUGGAGUACCCAACCGCUUGUUCCUCCUUUUGGGGUUUUAUAGAAACGCAAUACCAUCAAGGUAAUAAAAAAAAAUUGUGCGGAAAGACUCAUGUUUUGCUUAAUGAGAUCUCAUAGUUUCACUGAAUUUCACUUUACUUUACUGAUUGUUUCACUUUAUUUAUUUAAAAAAAAGUAUAGGUAUGCAAAGGCUCAUGUUUUGAUAAAAUCCUUAUAAUUUAACUUAAUUCCACUCCUUAUAAUUUAUUUGACUGAUUAGAAUGUAAUUUAAAUGAAGAUAAAUUAAAUAAAAAAAUGUAUGAA